AACAAGCAGUCAAGUUUUAGCAGGCGAGCUAUUUAGCUGUGUUAAGUGACGUUUUUCUUAUUCUUUUUAAUAAUAAAACGUGUAAAAGAUCAAGUUCCGAAUUGCGUGAUAAAAGAAGAUCGAGGAAAUACGUAGAUCGAUACAGACAUCACGGCAUGAAUCUAUCAAUUGUGGAUAUUUUCAUCUACUGCUCGACAGCAUUGGUAAUAUGUAUCAGUCUCUUUUACGCGUACGCCAAGUACAAGCUGUCUUACUGGAGCAGACGCGGAGUCAAGACUCCUCCAACGCAUCUAAUUUUUGGCAAUUUCGGGGACAGUCUCACGCUGAAGAAACCGCCUAGUGAGGUGUUGCGUGAGAUUUACAAUUACGCCGAUCCGGACGAUCCCUAUAUCGGCUUCUACAUCUUCCAUAAGCCCAUGCUGCUAUUACGAAAUCACGAUGUAAUGAAACAAAUAUUCAUCAAAGAUUUUGACGUCUUCCCGAAUCGGCGAUUCGGUUCAGCUAACCAGAGGGAUGCGUUGGGUUUGGACAGUAUCUUGUCUAUCCAACAGCCCCGAUGGAAAUACUUGAGGAACAAGUUGACCGUAGCCUUGAGCGGACAGAGAUUAAAGAAUAUGUUUCCGCUGAUAAUCGAGUGUGGGCAGCCUAUGUUGAAUUUCAUGAAGAACUUGUCAAUGUCUAGCUCGAAUAAAACCGAGGUGAAAGAGCUCAGUGGUCGUUAUGUCACCGAUAUUAUUGCUUCUGUAAUAUUUGGCAUCAAUGCAACUUCAUUCGACGAGAAGAAAGAUGCUUUCUGGAAAAACAGUUUAAACAUCUUCUAUGGUUUCAUGCGCAGCAUGAUAAUGAUUAUGAUUUUCUUUAUUCCUGAAUGGAUUCCUCUAUUUGGACCAACUAUUAAAAUAUAUACGAAUUAUUUUCGCAAAAUUUUCUGGGAUUCUAUGAAUAGCAGAGAAAAAAGUGGAUAUAAGAGAGGAGAUUUUAUUGACUUCUUGUUGACGCUGAAGAAUGAAGAACAGGAUCCCAUUUACAAGUUUGAAGGCGACCAUUUACUGGCGCAAUCUGCCAGUUUGCUCAUAGCUGGAAUUGAAGCAACUGCGGACGCAAUCGCAUUCGCUUUGUAUAAUUUAGCACGUCAUCCAGAACUUCAAGCUACUUUAUAUGAUGAGAUACAAACGCAUAUAUCAGGAAAAGAAUUGACCAUGGAUCUGAUUACAGAAAUGUCUUUCUUGGAUUCUGUUUUGAUCGAAACACUGAGAUUACACCCUCCUCUUCCCAUCGUUGAUAGAAUAGCCACAAGGAACUACAAGUUGUUAAGCACCGGGUUAAUAAUUGAGAAAGAUAUUCCAGUAUAUAUUUCUAUAAAUGCGACGAAUCAAGAUCCUAAAUAUUUUUCCAAUCCGCAUGAUUUUAUUCCAUUGAGAGCAGAAACAGGUAACAAAAAGUUUUACGAAUCUUUGGCAUUCGGCCUAGGACAACGAUCGUGUAUAGGUAAGUUACAAAAUUUUAUCACACGAAAAAGAUAUGUCGUAAUCUUCUCCUUUCCUUUUUACAUACACAAAUGUCAAAUAGAUAUAAUUUGUACAAUAAUUUAUCUUAAAUUUUCAGGACAAAGAUUGGGCCUGUUAAUUGCAAAAGUGGCGUUAAUCACAAUCCUUUCGAAUUAUAUUCUCGAUUAUGAACCAAGUAAAAAGGAUGACAAGGGUAUCAUUCAUGUGUUCACGUACGCAGCUGACGGUUUGUAUGUGCAAUUAAAAAAACGUGAGAAAGGCGCAUAAUCAAUGCCCAAAUGCAUUGUUGAGCGAACAUAUGUGUAAUGAACGAGAUAACAAUUGUAAUUUUUCAAAUAUUUAUAAUUAGGUAGAAACUAUUUAGAAGUGUUUAAAAAAAAAUUAGAAU